AUGUUUGCGGCUAGUGCGCGAUCGAGCCUCGGCGUCUUGCCGCUGAUUUCCAGGCCGCGGGCACUGCUGCGAGGCGCAAACUGCACGAGACCGCAUCAAUGGCUCCAACCAAGCAUCCAGCAGCAUUUUCGCGUGCCUACAAGAGCUUUUUCGACUUCGAGAGCGGUAUAUGAGGAUGGAUCGAAGAACAAGUCCAAGGAACUGCCCGAAAAGGGCGAGGAGGCGGAUGAGAAAGACGCCAGACGCCAUGGGCAGCAGAAAAAGGCUGAUGAUAGGCCGUGGCACCGGUUGAGUGGGAGCAAGCAGUACAAAGAGACGUCGCCGGAUCCCUCAGGCGGAGACGAGUCAAAAGGACGAGUCCUCACGACGCCUACCCGCUUGCUAAAGAUUAUACUCCCCAUCCCUUUCCACGCCGGACAAGACACGAUCAAUGAAUCAAAAGACGAAAACUACAAGGAGAACGGAAAAAGAGUAGAGCCGCUGGCACUGCUGGUACAUCCUCAGCAGCCACUUUCCUAUCUCGAGCGGCUGAUACAGGCAGAGAUUCCCCCGCUGGUUGUCCGAGGCCGCGAAAAGCUACCCGACAUCAAGUUUCGCGCCGAAGCCGACCAUCAAGAGUUUCCUGGUAAGUCAAGCGAGCGCGGCAAAAGCAAUGUUGCUUCGUACUCUGGACUGGGCCGCGAGGGUCCCACAACGGAUAAGGAGGCGAAUUGGGUCUCAUGGAGUGGUAGCACGGAGGUUGGAGACUUCAUCCGAGAUGCGGCUCGUGGACGCGAGUUUGCGAUGAAGAUUGAAGGGUUUGACAAAGAACUGCGGGUGGCGGUGCCCAGUUUCAAGGAUCGGACGUAUUACAUGCGGCUGCAGCUCCGGCGGAUGUCGAAGGACAUUGAUCAAAUGAGCAAGAUCAAGUCGGAGUGCGAUCUCUUGGCGCACAAGGGAGCGCAUCGUUUGGCCCAAGGAGGAUUUGCAGCGCUUGCCGCCUGGUGGGGAGUGGUUUACUACGUGACGUUUCACACCGAGUUUGGAUGGGAUCUGGUCGAGCCGGUCACGUACCUGGCUGGGCUCGCAACUAUCAUGGGCGGUUACCUGUGGUUCCUCUUCAUCAGCCGAGACCUGAGCUACAAGGCGGCGAUGAAUAUCACGGUGUCGCGGCGGCAGCACGCGUUGUACCAGGAGCGAGGGUUUGAUCCGCAGAAGUGGGAGCACCUGGUGCAUGAAGCGAAUACGCUGCGGCGAGAAAUCAAGGCGGCGGCGGUGGAGUACGGGUAUGACUGGGAUGAGAUGAAGGAUCUUGGAGGAGAGGAAGUCAAGGAGAUUCUGGAGAAGGAGAAGAAUGGGAGGAAGAAGGAUAAGGAUGAGGAUGAUAUUGUGGGUGAUGAUGACACGAUGGAGCAGCCGAAGAAGAGAGAGGACAAGUAG